AUGUUACUAUCUACAAAUAACAAAUUACAACCACGUAUGACGAUGAAAUAUAUACUUAUUAAAUUAUUUUUUAGAGCGAGUGGUGAUGGAGGUCGAGAUAUUAUUGUGGAAAUGGAUGGGUAUAGAUUCGUGGUUCAAUGUAAAGCAUGGUAUUAUAAGUGUAUAGGUCGAGAAGAAGCUGAUGCAUUUUUAACAGUAGUUCGAAGAGGAAAUUUUGAUUUUGGAAUUCUUGUUGGGGUCUUGGAACAAAAAAUUGCAAAAGGGGCAUAUAAUGCGGCUGAUGAGUCAGGAGGCGAUAUUAUUGUUACCUUGUAUACUAGAAUGUGUCAAGAUAUUAAGAG